AUCGUAUAUACACUUAUUACACGUGGCAGCUGACGUGGAAGGUAGCCAUAUUGAGCAAAAAGCCCCCACUUCUUCCCUCCUUGGUUGCAGACGACAGACACAUGAUCAAACAAACAUACAAACUGCAUCAAAAUUCUUCUUCUUCUUCAUCCCAAUCAGUCAUUCAGCCAAGGGAGGAAGUAUUUAGCAAGACAAAUUUAAUAGCUGAACGUGAAAGGCCCGCAUCAUAUCUAAACCGGUUUAAGGUGUUUACCCAUGGGAAACUGUGAAGAAGCAAAGGAUUGUAAGCCCGAAGAAACAUCUUCACCACCUGCGCAACAGACCUGUCAUGUAUAUACUGAUUGGGCGUCCAUGCAGGCUUAUUACGGCCCGAGAAUGGCUGUGCCACCAUACUUCAGUUCACCUGUUGCAUCUGGUCAUGCACCUCCACCUUAUAUGUGGGGUCCAAUGCCGCAUAUGAUGCCCCCUUACGCUGCAAUUUAUCCACAUGGAGGUGUUUAUGCACAUCCCGGAGUUACUGUGGCGGGUAAUCCUAAUCCUACACUCGUACCAAUCGAUUCUUGUGCCAAGUCAUCAGGGAAUCCAGAUAGAGGCUUGAUAAAGAAGUUGAAAGGAAUUGAUGAGCUAACAAUGUCGAUAGGGAACAACAAUGGAAUCUCUAAUAGUCGAGAUACGGAAGGUUCCAGUGAAGGCAGUGAUGGUAAUACAAGUUGUAAAAAUGGUCACAAAAGGAUCCGUGGAGGAUCAUCUACAAGUUCUGAAGGUGGCAAGACUGAGCGAAGUGAUGCGAACGGGGUCUCUAAGAAAGUGACAGGUGUCAAGAUUUUGGGUAAAGAAGUUGGAGCGGUUAUUUCUGGUGACUCGGGAACCGAGCUAGAGCUUAAGAAGUCGCCAGCAUCUGCCAACAUGGCCAUGGUGCCCAACAGUCUUGUGCUUCAGAACGAACGAGAACUGAAAAGGGAAAAAAGAAAGCAGUCUAACCGAGAAUCAGCUAGGAGGUCGAGAUUAAGGAAACAGGCCGAAGCCGAAGAACUUGGUACAAGAGUUGAAGCACUCACUAGUGAAAAUUUGAAACUCAAGUCUGAGAUUAACCAGUUAACCGUUAAUGCAACAAACUUGAAGCUUCAAAACGCUAAACUACUGGAAAAACUUAAGAAAGCUACAGAAGGCCCAAGGGCCGACAAAAAGGGUUCAUCUCUGAGCACUGCUAACCUCCUCUCUAGGGUCGACAACCGAUCUGGUUCUGUAGUUGGAGAGGCCACCAGUUCUGGUUCUGGUGCACCGCUGCACCAACUUCUGGAUGCUAGUCCCCGGGCCGAUGGUGUUGCGGCUGGUGCUGGCUAACCCACAACAAGCAUGCUCUUGACCCCUUGCUAUUGUGUCUUAAUUUAUAAAGUUAAUUGUGUAAAUUUGGUCUAUUUAUGUGAUCCAAAUUACUUCUAACAGUAAGUAGAGGAUAUCAAUCUGUCUCAAAUAGGUACCCUGAGUUUCAGAGUCCGGGUCUGGGUCAAAGUUGGCCGCCGAUAGUUUGCUGUAAUUAACCGAUCUGAUGAAACCUAUAUACAUGUUUGGUGUGAUAUAUAAGAUGUGUUGGUUGGAUAUGUUAA